UUUUUUCUCUGUUCUUUCCCCGGCAUGUAGUGACCUUCUUUCCCCCGCUCUCCUCUCUCACUUUGUCCUUCUAUCCAUUCAUCCGCUCUCUUUCCCCAUCUCUCCCUCUGUGAAUCUGCAGAUGUGUCGGAGGACAGAAGCCUGGGGGUUUAGACAGGACCGAGCCUUGGUGAACAGGGGACACGGCACAGCGAGGCAGCGGAGGAGAGGAGAGAGGGAGGAGGAGGAGAGAGAGAGGGAAGAGGAGGAGAGAGCUACUUGUAGGCACCUGUGUAUAAUAGAAACAAUGGAGUCUGUAAUGGGAGACACAGAGGACAACUCUGAAGAGCUUGCAGGGAAGAGGAAGUCAAAGAUGAAGAGUCUCAAGUCUCGUCUGUUUGGGAAAAAGAGAAAGGAAGGAGAAGGAGAGAAGAAGCUGAGCCAGUCAGUCAGCAACAUGGAGGGAGACGGGCUGGGGUCUGAAGAGGAUCUGGUGUCUACCCAGGGGACUCUGGGAUCCCGCGCGCUGUCGCAUGAAAGCAUCUUCGUGGCAGACCAGGGUUCUCCAGGACCAGAACCCCCCAGGGUUCUCUCCCAGGAGAACGUUCACAGCAGCAUCAAAGCUCUGCAGGAGAAACUCCAGCUGCAGAACAUGCGACUGGGCCCGCCCCCUCUGGUUGUGCCAAUUAAGCGUCAGGAGGAUCUGGGGGGAAGCUCAGAAGAUGACGGCCUUCCCCACAGCCCCUCUGAGACCUGCCAGGGCGACGCAGCACCCCGGGGGGGCUCAUACAAGGCCUUUUCCCAGUCAUCAUCACGCCCUCUCUCCCCCAUAGCCAGACCCCCACGUUCCAUGCCCCUCCAUUCUGCCCCCCAGUCCGUGGUCUCCCCCGUUACUGAGCCCUCCACAGUGGACUUCAGCAGCCCAGCUCAGUUCACCCCCUGCUUGGAUAACUCUGCUGCACGCCAUCGGAUGGCCAUCAAACCCAGGAACCAGAGGGCCAGUGCCAAGACCAGGAGGCUGACCACGAAUGAGCCCAGACCACGGUCUGAGAGUUUUAACACUUUUGAACGCCCCUUGUCUGAAAAAGAGGAAGAGGAAGGGCUAGCUGUUGCCAAGGAGAUGGCUCGUUUGCGAUCCUUCUCUACCCAAGUCUUUGGGGCCGGGGGUACAGGGUUGACGACCUCCACAGCCCCCCCAGGAUCACCUCUAAAGACUCCGGAGUUUACCCCCCUUCGAUCUGCACCUCUGGAGGUCCCAAGGUCCUCCAGCCCCACCCUGCAUCUCUCCCACCGGGGCUCCCCACAGAAGCACACCCUCUCUGGGGUCUCCUCUCCUGGUCCUGUGACCCCCCAGCCACCUCAGAAACCUGUGGAGCCAAUGGCAGGCAAACAGCCUCAGCCCUUAUUCGCUCAGUCUAAGCCAGAACUUCGAGAGAGGAAAGAAGGGACUGGAACCACGCCAUCUAGUCAGGCCUUGGCAGCUAACUCAGGGGAGCUCAAGACCCCUGCUCCAUCUCCAGCCAGGAGGGACCUUGAGAGCUCUGAGAGUCCCAUCAACCCAAAGAACCUGACAGGGUCUGACAGGCCCUUUGCCAGCCUCUCGGCUGUGGAGGCUCUCAAGACCUCUCUGAGAAGAGGCUCACAGGAAGUGGCUAGCCCAGGAGAGGCUAGUAAUAGCGCCUCUCUGGUCUCCAUCAGCCAGGAGGAUCUGGGGCAGCCAGAGGCAGGGUCGACUGGAGGGUUGAGGAAAGUCGCUUCUGGGCCAGGCACUGGCUCCGGGCCCUUCAAGUUCUCCAUCAACUCCUCCAGGGUGGAACAAGAGAGGCCCAGGACUGGCAGUUUAUUGGGGCUGAUGGAGCCAGCUGGGACGGGGCUGAGGAAGGAGGACCGGGAGCGGGGAGCAGAAAUGAGAGUGAACCCCUCAAACAUGAGUGGGCAGGAGCAGCGAGCCAGCAAGCAGGAAGGACUCAAACUGAGAGAACAGCCUCCUGAUCCUCUACCUGAAAGAGGGGACAAAGCCACAGUGGGAACAGCUAAACAGGGGGAUCCCAAACCUGGCGUCCCUCCUCAAAACCCUGUCACGUCAUGCGACAGAAGGGAGAUUCUUAGAAAGGACCAAUCCGAAUCGCCGUCGCCUCCGGUCGCUGCCAUGGAUACCGGGGUGAUGGAGGGGGAGGAGGUGGAGAGCCACGAGGGUGUGGAAGAGGCAAUGGAAGCUAAGGAAGAGGAGGUGGGAAAAGAGGAAGAGGCAAAAGCAGCGUUUGGCAUCAAACUUCGCUGCACCUCCCUGUCUCUCAAGUGCCGGUUAGACGCAAGAGCUGCCGAGGUAUCCGAAUCCAAGGUCAGGUGGAACAGUGUUGAGGGGGGUGGGACGACCCCACCUCUUGCCCCCUCUAACCCCGGCUCCAAGUCCCUGGUGGCAGACAAGACAAGUGACCAGGAGAACCACUCCUCCAAGAAGCCCCUUACCAACACUUCCAAAACGGAUGCAGCCACACUCAAUGCCCGGACGGGGUCUUUUAGACAAGCAGAUCCUGGAGCUACAGUUAAUCCUCCUCCUCCGUCUCUCAAAGAUGUUCAUAUCGUGUCUUCGGCUGCAAGUCCCCCAGCAGAGGCUUCGAGCCAGGCCUCUGGCCCCAAGGAGGCCCAGGCCUCCCCAGCCACCCCCCACCCUGAUCCCCAGGCAUCCGCCCCCGAGGUGUCCUGGAUGAGCUUUGCCAUGGAGAAAACCAGGAAUCUUCAGCAGCUCUUUACUAGCAGGCUGCCCAGAGAGUUCCCUGGCAUGCAGCAGGCCGCUCCACAACCACAGGCCAAGACCCAGGCCCAGACCCAGGCCCAGACCCAAGCCCAGACCCAGGCCCAGACCCAAGCCCAGACCCAGGCCCAGACACAGACCCAGACCCAAGCCCAGACCCAGACCCAGGCCACGACCCAGGCUCAGGCUCAGCCACAGCCACAGAUACAACGCCAGACACAGGUAUUUAGUCAAGCCAAGACACAGGCCUUGACACAAUCCCAGACACAGAAGGUGACGCAACCACAAGCACAGACAGUCACACCACAGACAGGGAAUGCAUCACAACCUCCCACCACCAAACAGCUGCCAGCAGAGAUCAGAACAGCAGCCGAAUCACAGCCCACAAGUCAACAACAGACUGCCAAGCUACCGCAAACCCCUAGUAUAAUCCAACCACAGACCCAGACACCAGGACAGCCAAAGGCAGCAACACAAACCACAAAACAGGUACACACUGCCAAACUACCACAGCCAGAGAGCAUGACCCAAACUGCAAAACAAACUGCACAACCAACCAUACCUCAAACGGUAGCCCAGUUCUCUCCACGUGUUUCUCAAACCCCCCAACAGCCCAGUCUACGGACCACCCAGCCCUUCCUGCGCUCUCUCCCACAGGCACGGGGAGAGAACACCUCCCAGGCUACCCCAUGGUCUCCCCUCUCCUCCAGCCCCAAAUCCUCCCCCAGCCAACCCCCCUGGAGCUCCCGAGGUCUUCACUCCAGCCCCCAGCCCAGGGCCACAAUCCCAGCACAGGUCUCAACUACAGCCCCACCCCCAGACCCAACCCCAGUCUCAGCCCCAGUUCCAACCUUAGUUCCAGCCUCAGCCCCAGCCCAAGCCCCAGCUUCAGUCCCAUCCCCAGCCUCAGCCCCAGUUUUGGGGAGGGGUGAGACACGGGGAAGCCUCCAGAGGAGAGGAGAUGGGACAACAGAGUCAGAAAAGCGUGCAGUCAGAACAGGAACGUUAGGACAAAGAACUGCUGCCUUUCAAGAGAAAAUCUCUGACUCAACCCCUUCUGCUGGGGCUAAGGUGGAGCUUAGGAGGACAGCCCUGGAAUCUACCGCCAUAUCCAAGACUGUAUCUGGGCCCGAGACAAGUACAGAAUCAAGUCCCACCAAAGUCCCAGGGAGGCUAACAGACAGAGAAGACCAGUGUCUGUCAUCCUCGUCACCCCUGCAGAACAUCUCCAAUAGUGGGCAGCCAUCUUGGAUGGAGCUGGCUAAGAGGAAGUCUAUGGCCUGGAGUGACAAGACCAUGGACUAGGAGAGAGAGAGAGCGAGAGAGAGAGAACGAGAGAGAGAGAGAGAGAGAGAGAGAGAGAGAGAGAGAGAGAGAGAGAGAGAGAGA